AUGCUGUGACCAUUUAUGUUCGAGCUCCAGACCAUAGAAGAUACACGUUAAAAAAACAAAUAAUCAAAAGACAACCAACAAUCUAUAUAAUUAUCACCAUCUGCUGCUUUUUCUUCCUGGCAAAGAAACACUCCGUCCAUUUGCAGAAAUCGCCUGCGGGAACGUUACAUCAAAACUAAUCAUAACGAUUAAAAUCAGCUUUGCUGUGCGAGAGGAAGCCAAUAGGGAAGUUGGAGACAGGCGUGAGGAUGUUGUAUGCCGAAAAAAUAGCAAGAUUUUUUAAUACGAUUUUAUGAAGAAAUAUAAAAUAAAUGUUCCAUAAAGUCCGAAGCACUGCUGUAGUGAUCUGUUUUUUUGCUCGGAAUUUUACACUGCAGAUUGGUUUAGACUGGGGUAGAGACAUGAGCUAAUUGUAUCCUGAUCUUUGCCUUGAGGGGUUUGGAGCCCUGGAGCAAGUAUUCUCUGUAUUUUGUUCUGUCUACCUUAGCCAGGCUAUUGCAUUUCUCACUGGUGUAGGAAGGGAAGCAGAUCGCAAGCGAAAUCGGAGGGAAAGGGUUCUCAAAAAUAUACUUUAUGCCCAUCCAUGUUUCAGGUAAGCGGAGAUUUAUUUGGUUUGCUAUUAUUUCCUAUGCUGGUUUGACUGGGACAUUCAAGGCACAGCUGCUUUUACGCAUGUGCCAGGCGAUGAGCGCCACAGUCUAACACAUUUAACCACUUCCUGGAUAUUGUUAGGUGUUUAACAACUGUAUUUUUUUUCUUUAAGUGCCGGCGAGUGACUUAAUGUUUAUUUGUAUUUUCACCGAAUUUUACGACCUUCGUUCAGCAAACACCGUAGCUAUCCGUCCGUGUGAAUUCGCUCCUGGCGCAUUGUUUCAGCCCGAACACAUCGUCGCCGUUUUCCCCGUCGGACGUCUUGUCACACACAAACCGAGUUUAGGCAUUUCGAUAGAAAAAGCCUCUAUCUUCGUUUGUCCUAAACCAGUUUCAUUUCCUGAGUGCCCCAGAUCUGGCUAAUGAAAGACGCCAUUGUGGAGUAAUUUUGCCGGAGGGUUUUUUUUAUGUUGUAAGACCGGAGGUACCUAUUUUACACACGUCAAUGCAAAUUCUGUGAAUAAUAUUUGUAUUCGGCGUCGCUUUGUAACGACAACCAUAUCUAUGUAAACCAAGAGAAAAUGUAGGCUACAGUAUCUUCCUUUUGCUUCCCAUAGAUCUCUUGCGGGACUGACCUAUACCCGUGCGCAGGGAAUUCCACGGUACAGACGCGCCACUGCAAAUAAUUAGAUACUCCCGGGCGGAAGUCUGGAUCUAUGUUUGCAUCUUUGUAGCUGUGAUGUUAUGGAGACAAAACAUGAUAUAUAUGGUUAGUAUUAUGAGUGUACAAAUUCGAAUUUUAGGAAUGAUAUUCAUCCACAAUGUUUGUAAUAAAUUACUAGCGAGAUCUAUGGUUGCGCAUCAGGAUGUGGCCACAAUGGAUAUGUACACACUAUGCAACUUUUUGGAUUUAUACUUGCCAUUUCUUAAAAUCUAACUGUAUACAGGCUGCUGGUGAUAACUUAUCCCCACCCUUUUUAAUGACAAAGUAAAACGCGCACAUGUUAUGUAAAAAAUGUAAUUAUUCCUAUUCCUUACUUUUGAGUGAAAUGCGUGGCACUAGGAGCAUUCACUGGAGGGCGCUGUUAUGACGAGCAACAUUGGCAUCCGUCCGUAAAAGGGCACCACAGCUCACAUUGCUCAAUGUGCUUCUCACUUUGUCACACCCAUAUAUACAGUCAUUGGUCACACCUGAGAGGAUCUCCAAAUGUACAAUGAGGGCACCUUUAACAAUUUUUGCAUGAUUAAACAGUGAACACAACAGCAGGCUAUGUCCAGAUGAAAACAGAUUCCUACCAUAAUGCAACUUUUUAUUACAUGUUUUGUUCACACAGACACAAUGUAAAAUAUUUGUUGAACACUAAACAUAGAAACUGACUGCAACUAAGCGUUGAUUAAUUGUGCCAACUCCAGAUUUGUUUUAACAUGUUGCGGUGUGGAUACAGUCAACACAAUUACACCAGACUAGGACAAACAAGCAAGUCACUUGAGACAGAACAAUUUGUUUAGCGUGUUCUUGCAGAAUUAAGUCUAAACUUGAGUAGCAAGGGAAUGCUGAACCACUAACAAAUGGUAGAGCAUGUGUUUUGUAUACACAGCCAUGUGGUUGGCCUACAUUAUUCAAAAUGGCAACAGGUGGGAAGACUGACUGCAGCAGUUCUGAAAGGAAAUGGGGAUUAAGGGAAUGGGAUGUAGUAUCAGUCCCCACAUACAGGUAACUGCCAAAAUAAUGGAAACACUUGAGUAAAUGAGGGAUACAAAGUCUAUUGAAAGCAGGUGUGGCUCCUGAGUUAAUUAAGCAAUUAACAUCCCAUCAUGCUUAGGGUCAUGUAUAAAAAUGCUGGGCAGGCCAUUAUUUUGGCUACCAUGGCUAUGCCCCCAUAGGAUGACAAUGCCCCCAUCCACAGGGCACGAGUGGUCACUGAAUGGUUUGAUCAGCACUAAAACGAUGUAAACCAUAUACCAUGGCUAUCUCAGUCACCAGAUCUCAACCCAAUUGAACACUUAUGGGAGAUUCUGGAGAGGUGCCUGAGACAGCGUUUUCCAUCAACAAAACACAAAAUUAUGGAAUUUCUCAGAAGAAUGGUGUUGCAUCCCUCCAAUAGAGUUGUAGACUCUAUGCCAAGGUGCAUUAAAGCUGUUCUGGCUCGUUGUGGCCCAACGCCCUAUUUUAAGACACUUUAUGUUGGCGUUCUUGCGAUGCCUUGCAGUGUUACUUGUCAGGUUCUACUGAUGAUCUUACCACCUGGGUAUUCUGGGUCAUACAGCUAGGCAGAUUUCAUCUGGUGGUCCAUGCCACGAUAGGUAUACGUUUAGAUGUGUACUGUAUGGGUUGAAGUGUGCUCCUGCUGUUUGAAAGUAGGAGUAGUCAAGCUGAAAAAGAAUCCCCAGGAAAUGGUUUUAAUUUGAGUUGGGAUGAAAUGGUCGUGCUACAUGUACUCAAUCCCAUGCUCUUUUUCUCCUCUCCCUCGCUCAAUGACAUGCGCGCGCACACAUUUUCAUGAUUCUUCUAAGCAGAUUCUCCACUCCAUCCAUCUUCAUGAUGGCAAGGCUUUGAGGAAAGCCAAUUCCAGCGAGCUGGUUUUCAGAACUUUUUACACACACCAUCUCCCACAAAUUAGUCAGGGAACAAAUUACCUGCAUUCUGAGUGUGAUCCCACGCACUUUGCCGGCUGCCGUACACAGGUCUCCCUUUUGAAGAGCGGCCGUGUGAUUUCUCCCUCUGUUCGCCCCGCGGGCCCCUCUGCCUUCUGCGAGAGGGAUUCUGGAGUUGAAUUUUAAAACGAUGAAUGGCGGCUUGCUGCCUGUGCUUAUCAGCGCGUGCACAAGCGAACUGCAUGCAAAUCAGGGCAGGAUCCCACACCACAGUUGAGGCCUGCACUCAAAGGCAGGCUUAAUUGCUAAUUGGGUAUCUAGGUGUGAAACCCACACUGCCAAAACGGAGAAGUAAAAACAUGAAUGUUUUAAGGCGAGUUGCGGUUGUUUUUAAUUAAAUUAUUCAAUUUUAACUGAUUUUAAAAUGAGUGGAUUGGAUUUCCUAAAUGUUAUAGGAAAAUAACCCAGGAGAGUGUAGUAUGUGUCAAUACUUCAUGUAGUUUGGAUUCUGUUUAUUAUACAACUACAAUGAGCAGUCAGAUGUGGUGGAUUUAAAGUUACCAUCAUGGUGUGUAUUAUGAUCUUUUCUCAGUGCUGUUAUCAUGGAAAAUGUUGGAUAGGAAUAUAUUCUCCCUUUCUACUUUUUGAAAGAUAAAUAAUAAUUUCCUGUGGAUCUCUGAUAUGCCAUUAGAUUAGAUCUAGAAGUGACAUUGAAGUCUGCAUAUUUCUGGUAUGGGCCAAGACCAUACUGCUUUAUAGGGGGAGGCACUUUAGGACUGUGUGUGGAUGGUAGGUACCUGUAGGAACUAUGAAGGGCACCUGCAUAACUGUUAAUAAAACGAGAUGAGGCUAAAUAUAUAACCAUAACAGACACUGCGAAACAAAGUGGAAAUGUGUCCACAACAUUGACCAACAUUAUCCAGCUAGUUUAUGUAAAAAUGGGUGGUGGGGUGUCAUUGUUUUAAUUUGAUCAUCAAAUCUAAACUACAAUCUUAACAGCCCUCCUGAAUACAGCCCAUUGUUUUGAGAGAAUAAUAAUAAUCAUUUAUUCAAUUUUUUUAUAGCGCUAUUCAUGACAGAAAUAAAUCUCAAAGCGCUGUAAAGCAACAAAAAAUAAUCAAUUUAAAAACAACAUUAAUCAUCAUGAGUAGAUCGACGGUUUAAGAGACUGAAGGUUGAGAAAGUUCAUGGUUUGAUUGAGGUCAGCGGAGGGCGUACGUACACUAUCAAUACUAUUAGUGUCUGCUUUAUGUCAGUAAACAGGUCUGGAGACAGUGUGCUGCGGAGACUAAAAGGGUCUGGGAAAGGUUAAGCGUUCAUCCAGGGUCGCCAAUGCCCUGGGGGCUAGUGUGUGUGUUUAAUCUAGAACAGAAACAUGAGGUCUCAGCUGCAUUUUGAUGAUGUAAUUUGGUUAGUCACGGAAUACUCUGCACUGUUAUAGUGUUACAUUAGUUACUGAGCUUUGUGUUUUUACCAAGGACCUGUUGCCAGACUUCUGGACAAGGUUUAGCUUCAGAUGCAGGCUAAAUGGAAAAGUAAUGUUCAGGCUACAUGUUAGUGCUUGAGAGGCAGCUGGAACAAAGGAUGGCGAAGAAUAGAAAGGGCAAAGGUCAGGGCGCAAAUCCAGAUGUGCGUCAUCAUUGGGAUAUACUGCGCUUUUGGGGUGGUCCAAAGAUCAACCUGGUGUCUGCUUUAUAGAAUACACCUUAGCAGACGCGCAAUUCUACGGUAAAUGUGACAAUACCUUCCUUUAUAACAGCGACAACCCUAAAAACUCAGGGGCACCAGGAUGCAAAUGUUGUCGGGGGGCUUUGACUUAUCCCAACAACCAUUGCCAAAGCGGCACAGUGACUGUCCGCCACAGAAGCAUCGCUCUUGUUUAUGGUGUGCUGCUGCCCGCCAUUUACCCCUCUCUGGAGUCUGCAGGUGGAAACCGACAGCAUCUCCAGCUUGAAGCCGGUAUUUAGUGCGCCAGGUUUGAUAAUGGAAGCAACGGAUAUCAUGGAUUUAACGCAUCAGAAACCGAGAAAGCACCCGCGUCCAAUCAAUUCCGUGGAUGAGUCCGUACUACACGCGUCCCUGAAACGAAUCUCAAUGCGAACAGGAGCGGAAUGCGGGGACGCUCCGUUCAUGUACUCGAGAAGCGACCCCUCACCUGCAGCAUCACUAAAGCAGAAUGAUAAUUAUGUAUCUUCCUCGUCAUCGCAGGUAAUAGAGAUUUAUUUUGUCCAAUUCGUCUCGAACUGUAGUCAGUUUGCGCCCAGACAGUCACUCACACAUGGUUGGUUUCCACUUUGGCAUACUGUCUGUAGAUGCUUUGUUUUAUGUCGGUUGCCUAGCCACCAACAGUGGAAGUUGUUGGAUUUAUUUGGUGUGAAUCAAUGCAAAUGUUUUGUAUCAAUUUUCCCACAUUGAUACAAUCGGUUAAGCAGAGCUAAUGUAAUUUAAAACUUAAUCUAAAGUUUUCAAUGAAGGUGUUCUACAUCCCUUUGUCAUUACUACUGAAUUAAAAGUAGAACAUCUACAUUUCUCCCUCCAAUGACAAUGUUGGCAUGUUGUGCAGAGAUAGACGUUCUGUAUUUUUCCUUUUCUCUUAUUGGCUCAGAGGAGGGUCUUGAACUUGUGAUUGGGAAACUCAAUUUGUUCUGUGUGCCAUUAGAGAUAUUGCCAGCUAAUUGUGUUUUUAGGUUAACAGGGAACAUUUCUAAAUCGUAUUACAUUAUUCAAAUCUAGACUGAUUAUUGCUCAUUUACAGUCUGUGUGAGAUUGCUGCUCCAAAUUAAUUUGGUUUUGGAAGAUGAUUAUGCCCAACAGAUAUGGAAGGUUGUGCUUGGUAACAUUCAGGUCAAGGUCAGGAAAUACUAGGCUAGUGUAACACAGAGGGAGACAUCUAUUAUCCCAGUCCUGACGAAACAGAAUAGUUGGACCUUGGCCAACUAUUUGACCAUAACUUUUUUUCAGAAUGAUGACGAUAAUAUUGUCUGGCCAAUCAAAGUCCUUCAAUGUUGCUAUGAUGAGUUCUUAAUUUCCAGGUUUUAUUUAAAUGUAACCUUAUUAACCUGUGUGUACUAACACACUUCCUGUUUGGUGUAAAUGUAACUGUUUUAACUGGAUGCUGUUCAGUCAACAUUUAUCAAUGGAAAAAUAGAUAUUUACAUAUUAUGAACAAAUAAUUUUAAUGGCUUGUCUAUUCAAUCUGUACUGUCCACCAUACUGAUAAUCAUUUAAGAUGAUUUGUCUACUUGUUUGUGACAGGAUAACCGUUCCAGCAUGUCCAGGCCAAUGAUCACAAGAUCGCCAGCAUCUCCCCUGAGUAACCAGGGCAUCCCGACACCCGCCCAGCUCACCAAGUCCAACGCCCCUGUACACAUCGACGUGGGCGGACACAUGUACACCAGCAGUCUGGCCACGUUAACCAAGUACCCAGAGUCCAGGCAUGUGUCCUCUGCUAUUGAUACAGUUCCUCAAUUACAAUUUAGUAAACCAAUGUCUUAGUUUUAGCACUUUUGGUAAGCAGCGCCACAGAGUGUUUUAAAUCUAUGUUGUUCGUAUGUGGCUCUAGAGGGUGUUUGGGAUGAUUCAGGGGUUGAAAGUGAAAUUAUGAUGUAGCUAGUAUCCUAGCCCAUCAUUUCAGCUGUGUUCAUCUGCAUUUGCUCUCUGACUGCUUAAAGAUGCAGUCCGGGAUCUUAAGCACAACAAAUUCCUAACAUAUUGUACGAAUUGGAUUUGUAACAUAUCAUACGAAUUGCAAUUUUAAAAAAAUUAUAAAAAUUUUGGGUAGGACGUAACAUAUCAUACGAAAUGGAUGACGCAGUACACAAUUGGAUGACGUAGUACACAAACUUGGACCCGUUUUGGCUCGUGAACACCCCUUUCAAAACUGCUGGCUGAAAUUAUACAAAAGUUCUGCAGGAUUACUUUAAUGUCAACCUCUGACAGCUCAGCUCGGACAUGUCAAAGUUCAUCCAAUCACAAAGAUGCAGCACUCAAAUGGAUGAAUGAGGUGGGAAAGACUGGAUUCAAACACAGGGCUUGAUAUUACUGAAUGUUUAAUUAUUGAGGCUAUUCUACAAUACAGUGAUUACAAUUACAAUCCAUCAUAGCAAUAUUUCCCCACUAUACCAAAUACAAAAUGGCCUCCUUUUUUCAAACCCGCCCCAGAGAUAUUUUGAGCAGUAAACAUUUGCAUGGCUCAAAAGUCUAAACUGCAGACAAAAGCAGCUCACUAAUUCGGACAGAUGUCCCAGCAGCAGUAAAGGGCACGGAGACAUCUGGAGGCAAGAGGGCCACGCUGCAGCCUGGGGCCAGGCCCCCAGGGCAGCACCCUGCCUCAGGUACCUCUCUAUCAGCUGGCCCUGACCCCUCCAUCAGACCAGACCACAGCACAGCUCUUUCCUCUCAUCCAUACCACUUCAUUUCUCUUUCCCUCUGAUUCUAUCCCUCUGUUUAUCACUCUCUUCCUGUCUUUGUCUGUUUCUCUCUUUCAUUCUUUCUCUCUUUCGUUCUCUCUCUCACACAUUGUCUCUCGCACUGUCUCUCUCUCUCUCGCUCUCUCUCUCUCUCUCGCACUGUCUCUCUCGCUGUCUGUGUGCAUGGAGCAGAGUAAUGUGUGCAUCACUCAACAAAGGUGUAAAAGAAAUCAAACACUCCUGAGCUCACCCACAUCCAGUGAGUCAUUGCACAGAGUCGCUGUCCUGAGUACUGUCAACUCAACUGUACUGCUCAACAGCUCAACUCAAGAGUAGCAGCAGUUUGUUGGGCCCUAUAACAUAUGAUAUAUUGAACAUGCAUGGAAGGAAAACAUUAUCUACACAUUGGCUAGAUUAGCAACCGAGAAUUUAAUCAUCAAGCAUUUUGUUCCAGGUCAUAUGUUUAUUGAUCUCUCGCUCUCGCUCUGUGUUUCUCUGUUUCUCUCUCUCUCUCUAGAAUCGGCCGUCUCUUCGAUGGCACAGAGCCCAUAGUGUUGGACAGCCUGAAGCAGCACUACUUCAUAGACAGGGAUGGACACAUGUUCCGCUACAUCCUCAACUUCCUCAGGACUUCCAAGCUCCUCAUCCCAGAUGACUUCAAAGUGAGUGUCUGACUUUCCCCUCCACUGUAGUGUCCAAUCAUCUGGUCAAACCCAUAACAAUAGUAUAUAGAGAGUGUAUGGCUCUAGUCAGCAUAGGUGCAAAGUGCAAAAAGCUGAUUUUUGCAUAGCCAAGCUUGACCACCGGGGGAAUUAUAUUGUAUACUCUCCAUUGACGCUUCCAAGAUGUUAGUGAAAUAAAAAAAACAGCAAACAUGUUGCUGGCCACAAAUUACAGGGCCUGUAGACUUUAUGACAGAGCUGUGUGCAGUAGGUUUGUUGCUUGACUCUAACCCCUAUAUUUGUGUAUGCCGUGCACUGAUGUUCAGUGUGUGACCAGAAGAGUGCAGCUGAUCCUCACUGUAUGUGACACAUUUGCAUUCCGUUUGCUCGCUUUUUAUAUGUCGUUUAGCCCUUAAUUACAAACUUGCCCCGAGAGAAAACAAAUAAUCACAUUAUCUGAUUGACUGUCCAAACACAGUGUGAAUCAAUCAGAGGGAAAGUAUGUCAGCUAAAAUAAGCAAAGACAAAAGACAGGCCCAAGUUCAGACGGAGGCUAAAUUCACCCUGACAGACAUGCUGAUGUGAGACUGAGUCUGAGAAAAUUAGAAAGGGCAAUUAAGCCCUGCUGCCUUCUGGGCAAGAUACCCCCACAAGCCUUGUUGGGGUUUGUGGUAGACCUAGAUGUUGAAGAGAGACUAGUCUUGCUCUGCAUAUUUGUAAUACAGUGAAUUGUGUCGCUGCCUUGGUUUCACACAGCUUGUGAUAGUAUGGACGUUGACUCUUCUCACUCCUGUUAUGGUGGAAAGAACCCAUCCACUUUCACCCAAACAGGGAAAUUAUAUUGAGAUGCUGCCCUUGUGUCAACUUGUCCUAACCUGACAGACCUGGUCUCCUCUGUGCUGCCCUCUGCAGGACUACAGCCUUCUGUACGAGGAGGCCCGGUACUUCCAGCUGCAGCCCUUGCUGGCCGAGCUGGAGCGCUGGCGCCAGGACCGCGACCUGGCCCGGGUGUCACGCCCCUGCGAGUGCCUGGUGGUACGUGUGGCGCCCGACCUGGGAGAGAGGAUCACGCUGAGCGGAGAUAAGGCCCUCAUCGAGGACGUGUUCCCGGAGAUCGGAGACGUCAUGUGCAACUCGGUCAAUGCCGGCUGGAACCACGACUCCACACACGUCAUCCGCUUCCCGCUCAAUGGAUACUGUCAUCUCAACUCUGUCCAGGUGAAGACACAUACAUACACACACGCCAUGGUUAGUCUCUGGGGGCACUGUAUGUUCACUAGAUAUGAAUGUUGUAUAGAAGGCUAGACGCAAAUGUUCCUUUUAUGUUCCUCAGUUAUGAUGAAACCAUUGCCUCAGUCAAAGAUUCAUCCAUAAAUGAAAGCACAGAACCAUUAUUAUAAAAAAUGUUGGACGUUUAUCCAUUCUUACUGUAUAUUGACGAAAGCCUUUCUCACAUACAUACACACAAAUAAACCACUCUCAAGUGUAUGCAGUGGAGAGAGGGGGAGAGAGAGUGAGAGAGAGGGUGAGAAGUAAAGAGAGAGGGAGGGAGGGAGAAAGAGAGAGAGCUACACUCCAUUCCCUGGCAGGUUGUCCUGAGGCAGGGCCCAUAAUCCUGUUUGGUUAUUAAAGCACGCCGGAGGUGGGUGCUGUAUCUAGGCCUAAUGGAGGCAGGGUGGGGUGGCGGGGGAGACUGCCAGCAUUGGGGGGAACCUUUGUAGUUCUGGUGGGGGCUUUGGCCCGGAGCUGGGGGGAGAGGGGGGCGAGCUGAGCCAAGUGGCACAGAGAGGGAGAGAAAAGCCCUACUGCCCCCUGGGGUCUCUGAUGGAAUGUGAUCCUGCCGCCCUCCGGACACGUUUGUAGAUGUCUGCAAGGCUGCUGGAUCGGGGACAAAUCUACACACACACAGAGACACAUGCAAACAAUGAGAAUAAGUCAGGUAGUGAGAAUGAUACGCUCUUGGUUUUGGGUAAGAAGGGAUGGAUGGAUGUCCCCUUUCUUCCUAUUUAUUCCCCUUCAUUCAUCUUUGUCUUUUGUCAUCAUUAUUUUACUAUAUAAUAUGUUCUUCUCUGUUCAUUCAACCCUGAAGCCUUUUUAUUGUGCUAGACAAAGGAGCAUGUUGUCAUUGAGUCUGAUAAGAGCAUCGCGCCUCUAUGUGAACACUGUUUCUCAAUCUCCUCCCUCUCUUCAGGAUAGCUAAAUAUCCUCUGUGUGUAACAUCUAAAAACAGUAUUAACAAUGUUACCUCAACACCCCUUCUCUCUCUGUGUGUCCACCAGGUGUUGGAGCGUCUGCAGCAGCGUGGCUUUGAGAUUGCUGGCUCCUGUGGUGGGGGCGUGGACUCGUCCCAGUUCAGCGAGUACGUCCUGAGGAGGGAACUGAGGAGGGCGGGCCAGCGAGGAGGGCCUAACUCAAACAGGAUAAAACAGGAGCAGCUGGACUAGACUAGAGACCUCGCAGAAACUGGGGGGCGCUAGACUCUUUUUCGGUGGCAGCCAAGCGCUCGACGGGACACAGCGGAACUCUGUGGACUCUGUGGGGCUAUUCUUGC